AUGCUUGUGACUAACUUGCAAAGCUCGCGCACCGUCAUGAUGAACAAGGACCGGCCAUCGCUCAUGCAGCGCAAAUUUAUGCAAUUUUUCGCCGAGCAAGAUGCUUCGGAGGGCCAUACAUCAAGCCAGUGUCUAGCCGACCCCUCGCACUCUUACUGGACACCUGAGCCGUUUCAAAAACAAUACUGUUUCUUCUACGGAACCCUGAUGGACCCACCGGCACUUGCACGAAUGCUACAACUUUCAGAACCCCCUACUAUGCGACCAGCUAAAGUGAUAGGAUACCAUAUCAAGCUUUGGGGACCAUAUCCUGCCUUACUUGUUGGACCGCCUCUUCACCCAGUUGAUGGCCUAGCAUACGAGGUUCAGUCACAGGAGCAACUCGAUCGGUUAAGUGCCUAUGAGACCAGCAAGUAUCGCAUUAAGGCUUGCAUAAUCAAGCUUCCUAGCGAAAACGGUGACGAAGAAGAGCGUGUUAGGGGUAUUGUCUUUAUAUGGAAUGGGGAAUCCGAAGAACUACGGGAAGGGAAUUUCACUCUUGAGUAA